AUGCCCUUGCAGAACAUUAUGGAAGUAGAAGUCCUUGAUUGUUGGGGAAUUGACUUUGUAGGUCCUCUUCCACCAUCAUUUGGUAAUGAAUAUAUUCUUGUAGUUGUGGAUUAUGUCUCCAAGUGGGUUGAAGUAGUGGCGACCCCAAAGAAUAAUGCUAAAACAAUAGUGAAGUUUUUGAAGAAGAAUAUUUUUUCUCGCUUUGGGGUGCCUAGGGUCCUAAUAAGUGAUGAGGGCUCUCAUUUUUGCAACAGCCAACUUGAAUUGAAGAAAAUCUUGGAGAAAACUGUGGCUUCCACUAGGAAGGAUUGGUCAAGCAAGCUGGAUGAUGCACUAUGGGCCUACAGAACUGCCUUCAAGACCCUUAUAGGCCUGUCUUCGUUCCAAAUGGUUUACGGGGAAAAGAGGAAGUUACAACUCUUGGAGUUGGAAGAAAUGAGAUUGAAUGCAUACAAGUCUUUAAGAUUGUACAAAGAAAAAGUGAAGGCUUAUCAUGACAAGAAGCUGCUAAAGAAGGACUUUAGGCCAGGACAACAAGUGUUGUUGUUCAACUCAAGAUUGAAGCUGUUUCCAAGCAAGCUAAAGUCUAAAUGGUCUGGACCAUUCACCAUCAAGGAAGUCAAGCCAUAUGGAGCAGUGGAGUUAUUUGAUCCCCAAUAA